AUGUCACGUAGAAUACGAGGUGCAUCCCAAAGCGACCACUCCAGCCAAAGCAAAGCUGAUCUGGUGGCCAGGAUAAAAAGCAAGUUACAAAGCGUGGACCCGGAAAAGGCAAGGGAAUUAGGCGGUGUCUUCCUUUUUAACAUUAUUAAGGGCACAUCUGUUUAUUCCUGGACAUUAGAUUUAAACAAAGUAAUUGUAUAUGAAGGUGAGCCAGAUGAGGAUCCAGAUACGACCUUUACCCUGAACGAGCAUUAUUUCAAACAGCUGGUCUUUGGCAAGGAGGACCCGAGAGUUAUCAUGCAAGCUGGCAGAUGUUCUGUCACUGGGGACAUCAUGAGGGCGAUGAAACUUGAACCUUAUAUCAAGCUAGAUUAG